AUAUUCAUAGUCAGUUGUCUUCCGUGUGUUCAGCUAACCCUCCGGUGGACUCAAGCUACCAUGUGGCGUUGGUGGAUGCCCGUUAUUGUGGUCUUGGUUUCCGUGGCAACCCCAACAAUCUGCCAAAGUGGGGACGGCGAUUACGGAUCAGGCUUUGACAUUUACCCCUCGUUAACGGCCACUGAUGGACCAUUGCGAUCCAUCGCUGAUGAGCCUGCCAGGGUGAAAAACAACCCAACCUCCGCCGACGUGUCCGCUCCGCCCCCGCAAGAGGAGACAUGCGCUGUCCGCUUCAGCACCAGGGGCGUUUCUGCCCGAAGGCUGAAGGCCCAGAAAGAGCAGCUGGCAUAUCUGCAGGCGCUCCAUCACGCCAACAAGGCGGUGAUUGAGAACCUUGAGCAGUACGUCGGGGCCGAGCUGGGAGAUCAGAGCUACGAGGAGGUGAUCCAGGCCAACAUGGUGGGCAUCCAGGAGGACCACAAAAGCUGCCGCGAGGUGACGGAGAAGGCAGAGGAAGACCUGGAGAAGCAGCUGGAGGGUGAGGUGUUGGACACCCUUGCUGGGAUGCAGAAGAUUCGUGACGGGUCCCUGGCUUUUGAGGAGAUGCUUCGGGCGGCGUCUGACGUGGCCGGUCGCCUGGAGAGCUCGUCACAGGCCCUUCAUGCUUCUUUCACCCGGAAACUGAGAGACAUGGUUCAAGCCCGUGGCUAAGACAUGCAUAUCCCCCCUCACUCUGUAGUAUCCUUCAUUGAACAGAAUAGGACCUCAUUGUGGAAUGAAGAGCGUAGUAUCUUCAUGGGAAUAAUAUGCAGUUAGGGGUGUUUAUGGAUUUUAUGGACCAGUCUUCAGUCAUAAUGGCCUACUCGUCUCCUCCAGAGGAAGCUGAGGAUGGUCCAUCUGCUUCCAGGGUUGCAAAGGACGCCGGACAACACUUGCUGUGACUUGUCAUUAAACUUGACUGUAACUUUAACUGCAGGUCAUUUUGAAAGGUCUUUUUACGGUGUAUACAUACACCACUUCAUGAGGUACACCCACAUUAUCAUAUCAUAUCUCCCCCAAAACGCCAUCAUAAUAACAAUUAUUUCUAAUAUGUUGGUCAUUUAGCUACAAGAGAGGGUCCACAAUAUUAGAAACACACCUCAAUGCCUUUCAGUGUUCCAUAUUGUUGACAUAGAAUGCUAAUGUUUUCAUAUACUGGGCUUGUAUUUGGUUGAAUUAGACAUUGAUUAGGUUGUGCGGGUGUACCUAAUGAAGUGACUGGUGAGUGUAUAUUGUGGAUGAUUGACACCUCGGGCUGUUUAAUGGGUACAAAUAAGCAUGUAUGCGAAGGAUUGGAGUUAAUAAACAACAGUAAGUAUUAGUAUAGCCUGUCUAUGUCACACAUCCAUCCAUGGAUUUGUGUGUGUGUGUGUGUGUGUGUGUGAGAGAGAGAGAGAGAGGGAGAAGGGUGGG